AGUGUGGUACCGUGAGGUCUAAACAGAGCAGGCCUGUUUCGCCAGAGUCCAAUUUGGUGCCUUGUCAGGCUUGGCAGCACACGGGCUAUGGCUGUUGCCGUCCACACAUGGACUCAUUGCUAUAAACCAGCCCUAAUGAUGUAUCGCAGGAGGGCUCUGCCUGGGGGGAUGAUAAUUCCACUGAGCUCAUGUGAGAGAAAGGAGAGACGGAGAAAUAAGACGUCGCGAGGGCCAGGUCCACGCAGCGUCUGUCGAAGGAAAUGGUUGUCCCAGGCGAUUGGCUGUACUCUGAACUGCAGUUGCCAAAGUUUCAAACCAGGCAAGAUCAACCACCGGCAGUGUGAGCAGUGCCGACACGGAUGGGUGGCCCACGCGCUCAGCAAGCUGAGGAUCCCCCCCGUGUAUCCCACGAGCCAGGUGGAGAUCGUCCAGUCCAACGUGGUGUUUGACAUCAGCAGCCUCAUGCUCUACGGGACCCAGGCCAUCCCCGUGCGCCUGAAGAUCCUCCUGGACCGGCUCUUCAGCGUCCUGCAGCAGGACGAGGUCCUGCGGAUCCUGCACGCCCUGGACUGGACCCUUCAGGACUACAUCCGGGGAUACGUGCUGCAGGACGCGUCGGGGAAGGUGCUGGACCACUGGAGCGUCAUGACCAGCGAGGAGGAGGCGGCCACGUUGCCGCAGUUCCUGCGUUUCGGGGAGACCAGGUCCAUCGUGGAGCUCAUGGCCGUGCAGGAGAAGGACGAGCCGGCCGCCGCCGCCCCGCCCUCGGCGGCCAACGCGGACAUCAGGGCUUUCAUCGAGAGCUGCGGCCACAGGGGCGCCGGCCUCCCCCCGGCGCCCGCGGACAAGGGGAGCCCCGGCGGCGGCGGGCACCCCUUUGAGAACCUCAUCAACAGCAUGACCUUCAUGCUGCCCUUCCAGUUCUUCCACCCCGUGCCGCCCGCGCUGAUGGGGCCGCUGCCCGAGCAGUACGCGCUGGAGCCGGGUCCGGACCCGGGCCAGGGCCAGGACCCCCGGCAGGACCUCCCCGGGCCCUUCCCCGACGGCCGCUUCCUGGCCUCCGGCUCCACCCCGUUCCAGCCAGAAAAGGAGCCGUGUCCGAGCUGCCCCGACGCCGCCCCUCACCAGGAAGACGGCGCCCGCCUGAGCGACUCCAGCGCCUACAGCCUCGUCACGAAGCUGGAAGGGACGCAGCUGUCCCCCGAGGCCCGGGGGAAGCCAGAGCGGCACGGCCUGGGCACCAAGAAGGGCCGGGUGUUCUGCACGGCCUGCGAGAAGACCUUCUACGACAAAGGCACCCUCAAGAUCCACUACAACGCCGUGCACCUGAAGAUCAAGCACAAGUGCACCAUCGAGGGGUGCAACAUGGUGUUCAGCUCCCUGCGGAGCCGCAACCGCCACAGCGCCAACCCCAACCCCCGGCUGCACAUGCCCAUGAACAGGAACAACAGGGACAAGGACCUCAGGAGCAGCCUGAGCCUGGCCGCCUCGGACGGCUACAGGCGCCCGGGGCUCGAGGCGGCGUCCCCGGACCGCAGGCCUCUCCCCGGCUGCCCCGGCUCAGGCGAGGAUGCCAGGGGCCACGCGGUGUUCCCGGGCGCCGGGCAGAACGGCGUGCUUUUCCCCAACCUGAGGACGGUCCAGCCCGUGCUCCCUUUCUACCGCAGCCCGGCCACGCCCGCCGAGCUGGCCACCACGCCCGGGGUGCUGCCGUCUCUGCCCCUGCUGUCGUCCUCCAUCUCGGAACAGCUGGCUUCCGCCGAGAUGCCGCCCGACGCCCUCCCCAAGAAGAAAUCCCGCAAGUCCAGCAUGCCCAUCAAGAUCGAGAAGGAGGCCGCGGGAACGGCUGACGAGAAGAGGCGGGCGCUCAGCUCCGAUGAAGAUCGGCCCCUGCAGGUGGUCAGCGAAGACGAGCUGGAGGCCUGCAGCCCCGGGUCGGACGGGGCGCUGGAGGAGCGGCAGGGAGGAUGCCCAGGCAGGCCUCCCCGCGAAGGGCAGCCGGCCUGCCGCCUCUUGUCGGUGAUCGAGCCCCGGGGGGUCAUCAGCAGGACCCCCGAGCAGGCCACGCGCAACUCGGAGAGGGAGACGGAGCUGGAGCAGAAGCCAGCGCUGACCCUGGUGCCCGGGGAGGCGGAGGACGGUGGCCGGGAGCUCCGCCUCCCUCCUGGGCUGGAGCCCUGCAUCCCUUUCCCGGACUACGUCAGGCUGCAGCAGCACCUGCUGGCCGGGGGCCUCCUGGGCGCCUUGUCCGCCCGAGGAAUGGCUUUCCCUUGUUUCGAGGAUUCCAAGGACCUGGAGCCCGCGGGUCAGCACGCGUUGGAGAGGCAGAAGGAAGAGAGUCGCCACCAGUGUGACAUCUGUCAGAAGACCUUCAAGAACGCUUGCGGCGUGAAGAUGCACCACAAGAACACGCACGCCAAGGAGACGCACGUGUGCACGGUGGAGGGCUGCCAGGCCACCUUCCCUUCCCGAAGGAGCAGGGACAGAGCGAGCAGAAGGGAGGGGACGAGACAGAGAGAGAGAAACAUCCAUGUGAGAGAGACACCUCGAUUGGUUGCCUGCCUCACACACCCCGACCUGGGCCGGGGGUCGUGCCUGCAACCACGACACAGUUCAAACCUAAACCUCCACCAGAAAGCACUGGCCCAGGCAGCGCUGGAGAGCGGCGAAGACCGUCUCCGCGCAGCCUACCUUCUGAAAGACGUGGCCAAGGAGGCCUAUCCCGACGUGGCUUUCACGCAGCAAGCCUCCCAGACGUCUGUCAUCUUCAAGGGCACCAGCCGCACGGGCAGCCUGGUGUACCCGAUUGCCCAGGUGCACGGCGCCGCCCUGGAGAGCUACAGCUCCGGCCCGCCGGGGGGCGAAGGCGCCGUCCUGGACCUGAGCGCCACCUCGAGCAUGAAGUCGGAGAGCAGCAGCCAUUCCUCCUGGGACUCGGACGGGGCGGCGAGCGAGGAGGGCGGCGCCGGGCUCCUGGAGGACAGCGACGGGAACGGCGAAGGCGCCGGCCUCGUCUCCGGGGAGGACGAGUAUCCCAUCUGCGUCCUGAUGGAGGCCGACCAGAGCCUCGCCAGCCUGCCUUCCGGGUUGCCCAUCACGUGUCACCUCUGCCAAAAGACGUACAGCAACAAGGGGACCUUCCGGGCCCACUACAAAACCGUGCACCUGCGCCAGCUGCACAAGUGCAAGGUGCCCGGCUGCAACACCAUGUUCUCGUCCGUGCGCAGCCGCAACAGACACAGCCAGAAUCCCAACCUGCACAAAAGCCUGGUGGCCUCCCCCGGUCACCUCCAGUAGCAAGAGGGGAGACGCCGCGGCAUUGUUCCUGGGGGAGAAGGUAGAACGAGGGUCCGUUUCGGUCUUUACCACCAUUGGGGACAAGCCAGGCCGAAAAGCAUUGGAGUUGACUUUCUAGUCUUCGGCUGCGGGAUGAGCGGGGCGCUGGGGCGUUGGAUGAGCGGGGUGUUGACGUGGGGCAGCCUUUCCUAUCGUUUGUUCUCAGCCCCGGGUGUUUUUUCACUGACAACGACGGAAACGUGCAGCAAUGCAGUUUUUCCCAGCUCUGUUUACACGUUCCCUGGGAGAUCCCUGGGCCUGCAGAUGGCCGUCAGGGGCCCCGGGCCUGGAGGCGGCUUGGAGGGAGGCUGGCUGGAUUUGGGGUGGAUUGAGUGUCCCGGGGGGGGGGGGGGGAGCCGGCUGUCACCACGGGUGAGGAACCAGCCCCCUAAAGAUCCCAUUUUUUUUUUCAGUUCUUGCUUUCAUGAGUCUGAAAGCCAGAUUUCAGUUUGGGAGCGGGACUUUCGGAGACAGUCCCUCCGUUCGGAGUGGAAAAUCGCCGCCCCCCCCCCAUUCCCCCACAAAGGUCUAGGAGGCCGGUUGGCCCCCAAAGCCCGGAAGCAGGAGUGUUACCAACCAAGGAUGUUCGUUCUCGCUCUGUAACACACAUUCGAGAAGCUGGGGACGGGGGAGACCAUGCACUUAAAAAUAGCAGUCUUCGAUUUAAUUUAAGAUAAUUUUGAUGAUAUUUAAUUUGUGUUUAUAUAUGUGAGCAUAAGGGGUGAGUGCAGACAUGUCACAGUGUGACUGGCGGGGGGGGGGGGGGGGGCGGCGUCUCGAUCGAAAGCAGAAGGAGUGACGACCCUAAACGUCGAACCCACUGCCCGUGUUCAUUGGGGGAAGUUCAGAGUCUGCUCCCGGCGCUGCCCUGCGGAACGGGCACGGGCGCGGCCCCGGCAGGACUUGUUUGUGUAUAUAUUUUUGACCCAAGCGUUCAGAGAGUGUGGUUCGGAGGGUGGAUGUGCGUUGUCAGUGUCCCCGGAUCCUUCCGUCUCCAUCCUUUAUAGACCUGUCAGAUUAGGGGGAACUUCCGGAGUUACAUGGUAGAAAGAAAAGUAGGAUGUUACUGCCACACUGUGUGUCUUAAUAUUUAACUUAUUCUGAACAGCAGUCCACGCUGUUGUACACCUUGGCUGUUGUAGACAGGAAGCAUGAUCGGUCCCAUCUCGUGGAAUUCGGCGUUUACGGUUCUCUAAAAGCCCGAGGUAGGGAAAAAGGAGUCAGUUUCAUAUGAAGACGUCAAGGUCACCGUCUUUGAAAGUUCUGGUUGCUUUCAGUAAUGAAAAACAUCCUUAGAGAGAAUUGGGGGUGGUAAGAGAGAGCAUUCCCCUGGCCUAAAGGUGAAAGAAGCCAAUAAGCUGUUCCUGAUUUAUUUCAACGUUUAAAAAUAAAUAAAUGUGACAACUUCAAACUUGUCUGUGCUUAAAGGGAGAUGUAUUGUUCAUCGGUUUUGUUACCCAGCUGUUCGAUAUUCCAGGUUUCCCCAAAUGGAAAAAAAAAAGUGUAUACAAAUGAGUUUUCUAUGAUUUAAUAAAAAUAUAUGGCAUACUUUUUGUUUAAGAA